GUGGGAUGGUGUGAACUUCACAGAGGAGCCUGAACUCAACACUUCUCUUUGACUUUAUAAUCCCACUGCUUUGAGAGUCACUGCUGGUGCGCGUCCUCCUCGUAAACUCACUUACAGUCAUACUUAUAUAUUUAUGUGAGUGUAUGAGUGACAGUGCCAUGGCUGAGAUACCGCCACCUCCACCGCAGACACAGCCGGUGGAAAUAGACCCGGACUUCGAGCCUCUCUCUCGGCCGCGGUCGUGCACCUGGCCGCUGCCCCGGCCGGAGCUCCUGGACCCGGCCGGCUCCAACACGUCCUCCCCGGCGCCGUCGGUGCAGCAGGAGUCCGGAGGAAACCCCGAGUUCAUCAGCAGCCUCGGCUUGCUGGAGGAGGACUAUGAGGAGUACGAGGAGCAGAAGCCGCCGGUGAAGCCGUGCACUGAUUUUCACUGUCGGGACGGAAACGGCGUGCAACUGCACCACCAGCACCGCCAUCACCUCCAGCAGCAGGUCCCGGGUCCGCAGCCGCAGCAACAGGUGCCUCCCCCCGCGGGAAUCUCACCUGUGGCCGGCUCCGCUCAGAGGAAGAGCGGCCUCAGCUCGUCCCGGAGAAACGCAUGGGGCAACAUGUCGUACGCUGACCUGAUCACCAAGGCCAUCGACAACUCUCCGGAGAAGAGGCUGACCCUGUCCCAGAUCUACGAGUGGAUGGUGAAGAGUGUCCCGUACUUCAAGGAUAAAGGAGACAGCAACAGCUCCGCCGGCUGGAAGAACUCCAUCAGACACAACUUGUCGCUGCACAGCCGGUUUAUGCGCAUACAGAACGAGGGGACAGGAAAAAGCUCCUGGUGGAUGUUGAAUCCAGAGGGAGGAAAAAGUGGAAAGUCACCUCGACGCAGAGCUGCGUCUAUGGACAACAACAGUAAGCUGGCCAAGAGCAGAGGAAGGGCGACAAAGAAAAAGAUGGCUCUACAAGAAGGGGUUGAGGGAGGAGCUGGCAGCCCUGGUUCCCAGUACUCAAACUGGCUGGGGAGCCCAAACUCCCACAGCAACGAGGACUUUGAAACCUGGAGCUCCUUUAGGACGCGCACCAGCUCUGAUGCCAGCACUCUGAGCGGUCACCAUUCGCCCUUUCCCCCUGAGCAGGAUGACCUGGGGGAGUCUGAAGGCCACAUGAUUUAUUCCGGAGCAGUGGGGGCCAAGAUGACCUCCACUCUCCCCAGCCUCUCUGAGGUGGCUGGAACUUUGGGCCAACAUGACUCAGAGAUGGGGAGUCUGUUGGAUAACCUACAACUGCUGUCUCCUAAAAACCAAACGCUAGGUUCUGACUCCCCACAUUCCUCAAAUUCUGCCAUGCUUCAGAGUAGCCCUUACAGCUCAUCUGGCUUGACCCAGCACUCACAGCAGGACUACCGAAAGUGCAUGUACGGCCCAGUGGGGAUGAACUCCUUCUCUCCUACUCCCAUGCAAACUCUACCAGAGACCAAGCCAGGCUUUGGGGCUUAUGAGAACCAGUAUAUCUGCUCUGCUGGUCUCCUUAAAGAUUUGCUGACAUCAGAUGCAGACACCAGUAGGGACAUGAUGGCCUCUAGGGAUACACUGGUGUCUCAGAUCGAGAUGGGAGGCUGCCUAAUGGCCACUUACAGCAGCCAGAGCCAUGUUGGCCGUCACAGUGGAGUCAAAAUGAUGAAUCUUCCGCAGAGGCACCCGGUUUCUCGUGUAAAUCCACAAGCUAUACAUAACCAGGGACCUUCAACCUCACGAGACUUGAAUAGCUGUAACAUGAUUCCACUGACUACACUGACUAGUCCUUCAGGGGCUCUUCCUCAAAUGACCAACCUGAGAACAUGCAUGCAGAUGCCCCGGGGACACCCAGCACACGCCCACAAUGUGAACUAUAGCAGAAGCAACGGCUACAGGGAACUUAACUUGGUUCACCCGCACGGUCAUCAUCAGGAGCGGCUUCCCAGUGACCUGGACAACAUGUCCAUCGAGAGAUUCGAAUGUGACAUGGAGUCCGUCCUCCAUGACACGCUCAUGGACGGCGGUGCAUUGGACUUUAACUUUGACCCUGCAGCUGGGCAUCAUGGGUUUCCCCAAAGAGUGAAGACCACCACACACAGCUGGGUCUCAGGCUAGGAUACAUUAUGGGUCACCAAAAGGGGAAACGGACAAUGAGUCUGGCAGUUAUCUCAGCAUCAUGCUCACAACCAUACAGAGACUGGAACAUGUAAAUCCAAAGAAGCUGCAUCCAUCUCUCCCCACAGAGCAUCUGACACAGUUCUUUGACAAACGUUUGCAGUUGUAACUCCAUGUAUAACAAUGGAUGUUCUUACUUCUCACUAGAGAGGAUCAUUAUUCAGAUAUAGAAUUAAAAUUGUUGUCAUUCAUAACAGCACUGAACAUCUCAAGAAAAAAACUGAAUGACAGACAAGCCUUAUUUUGCAAACUAGUCUUUUUUACAUGCCUGUGAAUAACUGGAAAUAUGUAAUAUCUGUUUCUUUUUGAUUUGUGAUACGUUGAAGUGUGCUGGACAAAAAAAGCGUAGAGCAUGCAUUUCUCAAUAUAUGCGAAUUUGGUCCAGUCUGGUACCAUUUGAUGAAAGGGGCCAGUAGUGGAUGCCAGCUUGAAAUUCAUUGUUUUGAAGAUGUUCUUGUUAUUAAUGUUGAAUAUCCCAAAAUCGACCAAACCAGGAUGUUCUCCAUGGUCUGAUCAGUGGAAACAUUUUCAGAUAAAGGUAGCGUCCAGCCCUUACUGGCAAAUGACUACUCAGAUGUUAACCCUAGUGAGAUAAUUUCGCUUAAAUGUUAGAUUAACCAGUGUAUCAUCUGCAUAGAGAUUCACAUCAACAUUAUUUAAAUCAUAAUUUUAUAAUAAACUCAGAUGAGAUUCACUGUGACAAAAGGAUAAAUUCAAGAGGAGAUAUCUAACCAGCAGACAGCAGAUGUCAUGGUACGGUGCUGGCAAAUUAAGGGCUGUAGUCAAAUAAUCAGCUAUAACUGCUCACCAGAGAUCAUGAGUCAAACUGCAUCUGUGACUAUAUUAAAUUCAUCAAUCAUAUACUGAAUGAAGAUAUUUAUUUAAAUGUUUUUUGUUGGAUUUGUUGCAGCUCUGUACUUGUAAAAAUAUGUGUACCUGUGCUGUGUACAAUGUAUAUACUUAUUUGAGUUACAUGAUGUUUUUGUCCUGUAUUUGAUUGUAUAUGAAACUAAUACAUAUGAAGGAAUUUACAGCUACACAGUUGCCUUCCAAAAACUUUGGAAUGAAAAUGCAUAUCAAACAUCCAAAGCUAGUAUAAAAGCUCCCUGCUCCAAUGUUUCCUUGCUGUUAUCGAGAGCUGUUUAAAGAAUCUGAGUAUCGGGGAAUAUGAUCAAUGAGAUUAACGAGUAUCUGCAUGUUAAGUUUAGUUUUGUUAGACUUCUUAAUUAUGAAUGUUGCUGUCAGGGGGAUAACCUCCAAUUUCUAUACAAUCACACACACCUCUGUAGGAAAGUGUGUCCUGAAUGAAUCUGUAAAAACAUUUAAAAACUGCUUUGGUUAAACUCAAAUUACAUGGUGAUCAAUUAAAGCUGUUCCCAUCCCUUUCUGAUAAAUGGACCUUCUGGGAAUGUUGGGGAUUUCCAACUGACCAAGACUUCAGAGUAGCUCUUUACUCCACCAAACCUAUUUCAAGGAAAGUGUUCUAGUUCAUUGUGCCUACAUGGUCUCACAGACCUAUAAUGUUGUACAUAUUAUUUUCUGUAGCACAUUUUUGUAUAUGAAGAUUUUAAAUGAUGUUUUACUCUUUUUGUAUGACUGUAUUUAGAAUGGUUGUUUACAAAUCUCAGUCCAACCUAUAUCAAUAAAUAUAUGAACACUCAUACCUCAGAAUACUGUACCUCUGAAGUGUUGAAGGGAUUUUUCCUACAAUUUUUUUUCAGUGAUGUAUUGGAUUCAUCUUCAUAUUUGUACAUACUUUUGAAUUUGAUUAAGGCUGAAACCAGUUAUAUUUGGACCUUUUUAACUGUCUUUGCCUUUCUAAUGUUUGAGGAAUAUAGCCAUUAGUCUAUAGUAAAUGUGAUUGGACACCACAGUAUAGAGAAUUUAAAUUAAACAAAGUGUGUGAGACGUUAUACAUUUCGAAAAACAGUUUUUCAAUGUGUAUCUAUAUGUUUAAGACUGGUAUCACAAAAUAUAAACGUGUGAAUAAUG